AUGGAUAAGCUAUACGCGGCGGGCAUCAGAGGCUCUUUGCUUAAAUGGUUUGGAAGUUACCUACAUGACAGGAAGCAGCGAGUAGUACUUGACGGCAAAUGUUCCGAAUGGCUUGAUGUCACCAGUGGGGUUCCACAAGGCUCUAUUUUGGGACCAGCUCUUUUUGUUCUGUUCAUUAAUGACAUGCCUGAUGUUAUUUCAGAAUCAGGAACGCUCGCAUUGUUUGCUGAUGAUGCGAAGUGUCUACGUACAAUCAAUUCAGAUGCCGAUUGCGUGGCUUUACAAAGGGACUUGAAUAAUUUAACUACUUGGAGUGCAGAAUGGAAAUUACCAUUUAACAUUGACAAGUGUACCAUCUCUACAGUAACAACAAACGCAACCCUGUUUCUUUUAUUUAUGAAAUAG